AUGGCCCCCGGCUGGACUUCUCCGCCUCCUGCCUCGGGCGGUUUCCUCCCCUCGAGUCCUCCCCCAUCGAACCAUAACCAGAGCCAUGAUGGCCAUGACCAUGGCCAUGGCCAUGAUGACCAUCCCGAUGCGACUACAAUCACCGCCGCUACUGCCGCUUCACCUCCUCCUUCUCCUCCGCCGCCGCCGCCUCUUACCACCACUACCACGCAUCAGGACGCCAAUAAUAUCUCUACUACUACUAUCUCCUAUCACCCAGGGAGUCUUGACCCCAACCCCGGUCCGGGGCCAAGUCUCCCUAACUCUCCCAUUUCCACUACUUCCACCUCCUCUUCCUCUUCCGCCUACCCUCCUCCCGACCUUCCUCCUUCGUCUAUUGUCCCUAUCCCCCUCUUCCCCUCCUCUCCCACCUUAGCAUCUGCAUCUCAUACCCAAACCCCUUCCCUCUCCUCUCCCUUCACCGUGCGCAGGAAGCCGCUUCCCCAGGAUGCUGUGAACCCCUCGCACGCAGCUAGGCCUUUCUCCUCCUCCUCGUCCCUACUUGCCUCUCCCCGGGGCAACUCGCCUGCGCAUCCGGAUUCUCACCCGGCCUCCCCUCUGGCUGCCGGCCAGACGCUGGCCUUAUCCCCGGUUUCAUCGCCGUCGUUUCUGGAUUACGUAUAUGACCGCCAGGACGACGAAGACGAAGACGAUAUAUAUCAGCACACGCCUGAACCAUACCCUGAAUAUACUCACGAACCACAACAGCAACUACACCGCCCCGUCUCUCCUCCCAGGGACCUGGAUAGAUUCCCGCGUGGUAGUCCGUCCUCGUCCCAUCUCCGCAUAGACACGACUUCGUCCAUAGGGAGCCCUGUCAACGACAGCGACGACGAGACCCCUGUUUACGAUAUUGCGUACUCCACGCGAUUCACGAAUGCGACUCGGAUACAUAACCGUCUCGUCAGUGAAUCCUUCGUCCACAAACGUAUAUCCCCGGCUAUAAACCCGAAGCGCGCUACCACCAUGGCUCUGCACCUGCCAACGAACGGCCCAGCCCCGCUACAGAUCGACCCUCCCCGCCGCACCGGCACCUCGUCAACUAUGGGGGAUAGCAAACAACCCAAGACACCCGGCAACAAGAUCAGCUCUUUCUUUGGGUGGCGGGCGGGCAAUUCCUCACCUGGCGCCGAAUCGUCGAGCACAGACAUCUCCGAGUCCGGCCGAUCCCCAAUACCGUCACCCAUGCCGCCCUCGCUGCCCAGCGCGUCCUUCUCCAUAACGCCAUCCACAACGGUCCCCUUCGACCCUACUCGCCCGCAUACGUCUCUCCCGCAUCGCAAUUCGUCGCUCAGCAGCGCUAGUAUUCUGGAGAAGUCUGGAGCCCCAGCCCUGGUGGCGGAGCUCGAGAAUGAGUUGCGGGAGAUCAGCUCAGAGCUUGCGGGCUCGAUCCGCCGGGAGAUGGAGUUAGAGGACCUGGUCGAGCGACUGCAGUCGGAUUCGGUCUUCGACACCCCUAACCGGCGGACCAGCGAUUACUUCUCCGACUCCGGCAGUAGCUCUAUCCGUUAUGCAUACGAGUCUGGUGGUCGAGUGGAGGAUAUUGAGAAAUACAAGCGUACUGCAGAGCAGGAACGGGCCCAGAUAAAGGUAGAGCUAUCUCAGAAACUGCAGGAAGAGCGCGGUCGACGUGCGGCCUCCGAGGCCCACGUUCAGAUUUUGGAAUCGCAAGUGCACCAGCUGCGACGGGAGAGAGUCGAUCUCUCUGAUAUGUCCUCCCGCACCAAAGAGCUGGAGACAGCUUUGGAAGCCACUCGUCGGAAACUGGCUGAAGAGCGCCAGAUCAAAGACAACUUCGAAGAUCUGCUCACUGCCAUGCGUGUCGAGCUCGAGCAGCUCCGAAAUGAGCGGGACCAUCUGAAGGAGAACGUAAUACCUCAGUUACAAAGCAGUGCCAGCAACUCUCACCAGCAAUCGUCGGAUCCUUCCGAGGUGGCGCGGUUGAUGGGCGAGAUUGAGGCACUGAAGAUAGAGAAUGCCUCCCUAGCACAACUGCAAGGGAGCCGGUUUGCUUCCAUCGCGGAGGAAGAUACCAUGUCUCCGGCACGAGGUACGGGACUUGGUCUCUCUCGUUCGAACUCAUUGGCACGGGUGCGCUCAAAGCCGAGCGCCCCCACUGGCCUAUCCCGGUCCAACUCUUUGUCUCGAUCGAACUCUGUUAACGUCAAGGAACGGAGCGAGCCGCGAGAGAAUCUGGCUGACAGGAUUGAAGACGUUGAGGCCCAACGGGAUGCCCUUCACGAAGCUCUUCGGCGCUUGCUCGAGCGCCAGGCUUACGAUUCUCGCGAGUACGAGAAACAGCUAAAGAUAAUGGAGCUCGAGCUGGCUCGUGCGCAGAUGGCGGAGUCUCCGCGCAAGAUCGGCUACGAACGCGAGGUACGGAACCUCCGAGAGGAGGUCAACUUGCUCCGCCACCGUGCGGAAGAAGCCAUGGAGCAGAAAUGGCAGUGUGAAAAGGGACUCGCAGGUCUGAAGAUGGAUCUGGACCGCGCCGAGCAGGAGACCACUUCUUUGCGAGUCCUGCUGCAGGAACAUGACAUCACGGUUCCCGAAGACUAUGAUACCGACCGGGACGGGUUUGCUGAAGUUUUGGUCACUUCUUCCUCCCUGGAGACUGCCUACAAGCAGCUGCAGGCUGACAGGGAUCAGGCUGAAGCCAAUGUCGCGCAGUCUCCCAUGCUGGCGGAAUCGGUCACGCGGACCGACAGCUUAGCGGAACAUGUGAAGCAACAACUUGCGAACAACAUUGCUCUGCGUGCCCGCUUAGCCGAGGCGAUUGGUAAGGGCGAGAAAGAGCAGCAGCUGUCGGCUACGCGCAUUAAUGAGAUGCAGAGCCGGCUCAAGGAGAUGGAGGACAUCCUUCUCAUGGCACAGCAGUUCUCCGAGGACGAGAUGGCGCGUCAUGAGGAAGAAGUCCGCAAUCUGCAGGAGAGUCACAGUCUUCAAUUGACCCGUGUCAAGAAUGGUGCGCGCAGCCCAAUGGCUCUGUCUCCGAAGCCGCCGAACACCCCAUUCGGCGCGCGUUCCCCGCGGUUGGACAAGACGACCAGUGGGGACGGAAUGGCACUGAACGAGGCGGUUCAGUUCGAGACGCUUGCGAAGCGGGUUAAGGAAUUGGAGAAAUUGCUCCGGGACGCCGACUCGGAGAUGGAAGAGGUGGUCAGUCGGAUGAACCGUGCGCAGAUUGAAGUCGCCGAACUGCAGUCCGAUCGGGAUGAGGCACUACGCCAAACCAGAAAGCUCCAGGCCGAGAUUCUGGCUGAACGCGAGGCAUUAAAGACCCUGAUUGUUUCUUAAGAAGUAAACAGUGGAUGCGGAUGCUGUGCAUCUGCCCCGCUUGUACAUGGUUGGAAGAUCCUCGC